UCCUCGGACAUUUUGGCCAGCUUAUUGCCUUUGCCUUUACCCUUUUUGCCCAUCUUCAAGUGUUUCUAUUAAUUGCUAUUUGACGAAAGCUGCUUAUCAAAUUUCAAAGGCCAGUUGGUUCAACUAAUUGAGCGCACCAGACUAGAGGUCAGACUGAACAGAAAAAAUUGUACAAAAUAAAUGAAUGAAAAUCGAAGAAAGAAAAACAAAAAAACAAGUUGCUGCCAUGACGACCUUCACGCCUCCCCUCACCUGCCCCGGUUGUCAAGGGGUUGUUCAUCAUUUUUAAUGCUCAGCAUUUGAGCGUGCAUUAAAUUAACGAUUCGUACAUUUCAAAGCCCAUUAGGGCACUGACAACUGAUGCGGGCUGUGACGGAGCUGACACUAUAAAUGGGGCCCAUCCAGUGGGCAGCUUCAGGUUAGUAACUAGCAUGUGGCGAUUUAUAUUUGUAUUGGCUCUGCUGCUGGUGUACACUGCGCUGGGCAUACGCGUGAAUUGCCGUCACAUGGAGCGCAUUCACGAGGAUCACAUCCAUUACUGCUGCAAGCAUCCGGACGGCCACAACGACGUCAGCGAGCUCUGCGCCCAGAAGACCAACUUUAAGCUGCCCUCGAAGACGGAGGAGGCCAUGGAGGAUAACACUGUGGAUGCCGUCAUGACCGGCAAUUGCUGGGCCAAAUGUGUCUUCGAUCAUUAUAAAUUCUUGGUCAACGACACCCUGGACAUGCUGGCGGUCAGGAGUCACUAUAAGAGCGUGCACAGAUUGGAUCCGGAGUACGAGACUGAAAUGCUGGCGGCUUUUGACGAAUGCCAUUCGAAAGCUGUGGAGGCAACAUCUGUCUUCCUCUCGAUGCCCAUCGUACGCGCCUUCAGCAGUGCCAAUGUGUGCAAACCCCUGUCGAGCGUCAUCUUGUCCUGUGUGAUUCAGACGUUCUUCCAUAACUGUCCGAGAAGUCGCUGGUCCAACACCACAGAAUGUCUCGAGACUCUGGCGUUCUCCAAGCGGUGCAAGGAUGUGCUAACCACAAUGUGAAUGAAGGAAACUGAAAAACUAGCAUUAAAUUCUAUAUAUCUAUAUACUGGAAUUAUAUGAAAAGAUCAGCAUA